GGGGAGGGAGGAGGUGGAGGAGGAAGCGGAGAUGAAGGCAGUGGCGACGUCACCGGGGGGCCGGUUCCUCAAGUUCGACAUCGAGCUGGGUCGCGGUGCCUUCAAGACCGUCUUCAAGGGCUUCGACACCGAUACCUGGGUGGAGGUGGCCUGGUGCGAGCUGCAGGACCGCAAGUUGACCAAGAUGGAGCAGCAGAGGUUCAAGGAAGAGGCUGAGAUGCUCAAGGGGCUGCAGCACCCAAACAUUGUCCGCUUCUAUGAUUCCUGGGAGUCCACGGUCAAGGGCAAGAAAUGCAUUGUCCUGGUCACCGAGCUGAUGACCUCGGGCACCCUCAAGACGUACCUCAAGAGGUUCAAGGUGAUGAAGCCCAAGGUGCUCCGGAGCUGGUGCCGGCAGAUCCUGAAGGGCCUCCACUUCCUGCACACCCGGACACCCCCCAUCAUCCACCGGGACCUCAAGUGUGACAACAUCUUCAUCACGGGCCCCACGGGCUCCGUCAAGAUCGGAGACCUGGGUUUGGCCACGCUCAUGAGGACCUCCUUUGCCAAGAGCGUCAUUGGGACCCCCGAGUUCAUGGCACCAGAGAUGUAUGAGGAGCGCUACGACGAGUCGGUGGACGUCUACGCCUUUGGGAUGUGCAUGUUGGAGAUGGGCACCUCUGAGUAUCCCUACUCUGAGUGCCAGAACGCGGCGCAGAUCUACCGCAAAGUCACCAGCGGCAUCAAACCAGCCAGCUUCUCCAAGGUGACCGACCCGGAGGUGCGGGACAUCAUCGAGGGCUGCAUCCGGCAGAACAAGGCUGAGAGGUUGUCCAUCAGGGACCUGCUGAACCACGCGUUCUUCGCCGAGGACACGGGGCUGCGCGUGGAGCUGGCCGAGGACGAUGUGGGGCUGGAGCCCUGCCUCGCGCUGCGCCUCUGGGUAGAGGACCCCAAGAAGCUCAAGGGCAAACACAAGGACAACGAAGCCAUCGAGUUCAGCUUUAACCUGGAGGCCGAUGUCCCCGAGGAGGUGGCCUAUGAGAUGGUGAAAUCCGGCUUCUUCCAUGAGAGCGACUCCAAAGCUGUGGCCAAAUCCAUCCGGGACCGGCUGGCAGUGGUCAGGAGGAGCCGGGAGAGGAAGCAAGCAGAAGGUCGAGGCCACCCUGAGAGUGAGGACACGGAGGUGGAUCAGCACGUGCGGCAGCAGCUCCUCCAGCAGCACGCAGCUGAUGGGCUCUCGGACGCUGGACCCAUCGCAGAUGCCACCAGCAGCUGUGGUCUCCUUGGGUGCUACCAACCAGGCCCCCCCCAAGAUGGGGCGUCCCCCCCUUGUGGCCACCACAUCCCAUUGCAGGUGGAGGGGACAUCGAUGGACAUCACCGGAGCUGCCACCGUGGUGGGGCUGGAGCCCCCCGGUGGGGAUGGGGAGCUGGGGGUGACACGGAGCUGGGGGAUGGCACCCGCAGGGGUAACACGGCCACAACCAGCACCGGGGGCACCAGGGCCUGGGAUGCCACCGUCAGGUACCGGGAUGCCACCAGCCCCAGGGUUGCCACCAGCUGUAGGGAUGCCACCAGGCCCAGAGAUGCCACCAGCGAGUGGGAUGCUGUUGCCCAGCGGGAUGCCACCAGGGCCAGGGAUGCCACCAGUCCAAGGUGCUCCAGAGAUGCCACCAACAAUGGGGAUGGCACCGGCUCCAUCUGGAAUGCCACCAGCCCAAGGGGUGCCAGCAUCCGUUGGGAUGCCACCAGGUCCAGGGAUGCCACCUCCAUCUGGGAUGCCACCAACCAUGGGGAUGCCACCACCUCAAGUGAUGCCACCAUCCAUGGAAAUGCCAGCCCCUAUUGGGAUGCCACCUCCCCCUGUGAUGCCAGCAUCCAUUGGGAUACCACCAUCCCAAGGGAUGCCACCAGCCCCAGGGAUGCCAUCAACCAUGGAGAUGCCACCCCCCAUUGGAAUGCCACCUCCAUCAGUGAUGCCACCAUCUGUUGGGAUGCCACCAGCCCCAAUGAUGCCACCACCUCAAGGGAUGCCACCAUCCAUAGGGAUGCCACCAGCCAUGGAGAUGCCACCAUCCAUAGGGAUGCCACCAGCCAUGGAGAUGCCUUCAACCAUGGAGAUGCCACCACCCCUAGGGAUGGCCUCAUCCAUAGGGAUGCCUCCAACCAUGGAGAUGCCACCUCCCAUAGGGAUGCUGCCACCUUUAGGGAUGGCCUCAUCCAUAGGGCUGCCCGCACCCAUGGAGACGCCACCAUCCAUAGGGAUGCCCCCAGCUCCAUCCCCAAUGCCACCCCCCAUACCACCCCCGGACCCAUCCUCCUCACUGCGCAUCCCCGAGGCCGCCUCCACCCCCCCCGACGCCGGUGCCCGUGGGGAGCGAUGGCGCCAGCGCCGCACUUCCUGCCCGCGGCCCCGCUUCCAGCUCACCGCGCUCCAGGUCUCCUCGCGGGGGGACAACACAGUCGAAUGCCAACUGGAGACCCACGACUGCAAGAUGGUGACCUUCAAGUUUGACGCCGAUGGAGAUGCCCCCGAGGACAUCGCCUGUUACAUGGUUGAGGACAACUUCGUGUUGGAGGCCGAGAGGGAGAAGUUCGUGGAGGAGCUCAAGGCCAUUGUGGCGCAGGCGCGGGGUCUCCUUGGUACCCCCAAUGUGGACCCCCAGGUUGGAGCCAUAGAGACCACGGCGAGCGAAGCAGCCCCCCAAUCGUCCCCUGUGGGUCGCUGGAGGUUCUGCAUUAACCAGACCAUCAGGAACCGGGAGGCCACCGGUCCUGGGGGUCCCGCAGCCCCUCGCCAAGCCCUGGGCAGCUCAGCUGUUGGUGGCCCUCAAGGACCAGCAAUGGGGCCGGAUGGAGCAGGGGACCCCACACUCCAUAGCCCAGAGGCCAUUGGCCCCAUAGACCAUGGGGUUGGUGGCCCUCGAGGGCAGGAGGUGGCCGUCCCCAAGCCCGGUGUCCAUCGAGGCUUUGGGGCAUCCCAAGAGCAGGAAGAACCCAAUGGAACAGGGCUGAUGGUGCCCAAAGCCCAGGAGCUCGGUGCCCCCCAAGGCCCAAGUGCUUGGGAGCAGGAUGGAGCUGAGCAACCGGAGCCUGUGGGACACCAGGAGCAGGGAACCGGCGUGCCCGGAGCUUGGGAUGGAGCCAGGGACCGGGAGGUGUUGGUCCCCCAGCACCAGGAGCCGGAUGUGACCCAAGGAGCAGAGGCGGUCGGCACCAGAGAGUGGGAGGAGGAUGGACCAGCAGGACCAGAGGGCCCCCCCCCAGGCCGUGGUCCUGGUCCCUUUGCCCUGGGCUUCAGCUGCCCCCGGCUCAAGAACCCAGUGAGCAGGAGGAGCUGGAGCCGCCGCAUCAAGAGCUGGGCUCGGCGCCUGCGGCAGCCCCCCCCCCGCCGGGAGCCCCCCCGGCACAGAGGAGCAGCAGGAUCUUGGGGACCCACCUGGGCCAGAUCGUUGCCAGGCGAAUGGGGGGAUCCCAGCUCCGAAAGUGAAAGCGGGGGGGGGACGGGGGGGCCCCCCCCCCCCCCCGGCGCCCCCUCGCGCCCCCCCUGGUCCCCCUCGUCCCCCAUGAGCAGUGAUGGGGAUACGGACCCUGAGGACCAGGAUCUGCGCCUGGAGCUGCGGCGGCUGAGGGAGAAGCACAUCCAGGAGGUGGUGGCGCUGAGGGCACAGCAGGACCGGGAGCUGCGGGAGCUCCACGAGCGGCUCCGAGCGCUCAAGGAGGAGCGGGGGGGGGCCCAGCAAUGGGGGGGCCCCCCCCAGGGGGACCACGGGGGACCCCCCCCACACCCCUGCCCCGGGGGGUCCCCGCGGCGGCUUCGGGGGGCUAAGGGAAGAGGAAGGGGCAGGGGGGGCACAGGUGGGGGGAGGUCACGGGGGGGGGGGUGA